CCCCAAUCCAUCUCCCACCACCAUAAAACCCUAACCCUAGACACUCCGCCUCUUCAUCCUCCCCCAACUCGCCGAUCUCCACCGCCUGAAUCGUGCUCCGAGAUCGACCGCAGCACCGCCGCAAGCUCUCCGGCAUUGAUCAGCCAUGGGUAAGGUUCACGGAUCUCUGGCUCGCGCCGGCAAGGUGAGGGGGCAGACGCCGAAGGUCGCGAAGCAGGACAAAAAGAAGAAGCCGCGCGGCCGCGCCCACAAGCGGAUGCAGUACAACCGCCGCUUCGUCACCGCCGUCGUGGGCUUCGGCAAGAAGAGAGGGCCUAACUCGUCCGAGAAGUGAGCUCGUCAUUGAACGCCGAGGAAGAUGAUUAGGUGAAGGACGAUGAUGCUUUCAGUUUCAAUGAGUUCUUGCUCCGUUGUUUUUUUAUUGGGAAGCUUUAAAUUUAUUGUGUACGCGACUCGAUUUCAGUGCUCGAACACGGGAAUUUGCCGAUGAUCAGUAGAGAUAAUGCGAUUUAGUUCUCUCAUAUGUUGCAGUUCCGUUUUAUAUUUAUGCUAUUCCUGUUUGCUCUUUCUUUGUU